AUGAGUAGUCUGCGUUGCAAGGGGUACAUUAAUGGUAUUUUCGAUCUGCAGAUCCUACAGUUGGCUGUGCUGCUGGUGCUGGCUGCUUUGCAGAUGGGAGCAGAUCAUUUGGCGAGCGAUGAAUGCGGCUGCGGGCGGCGGGGUUGA